UCGUAUCGCCGGUGUGUACAUUCAUUGUCACAUGACUUGCGUUCAUAGACAGAUUAACAACAAACACACAGGACAAGAUGGGGGUAGUCUCGUGGUGCCUGCGUACUGUGUUUCUGGUCCUGUCUCUCGUUUGUGAGUUCGUAACAGGUACGUACUGUCACAACGCCUUUUCCGGACUUCAAUAUCAUUGCGGAGAUGACUAUGAGUGCUGCCAUCUUGACGAGUGCUGUUACACUCACUACGUCUAUCGGCUAUGGUGGUUUUGGUUUAUCUUGUUAAUUAUAUUCUCUCUGAUUGGGUGUUGCAUCACUGCAAUGCGCAAGCGUAGAAACCGGUUACAAUACACCCAGGUUGCUCAGCCAGUUUAUGGAACAACAACAACACACCCACCACCAGGCGGUGCCUACCAGUAUCCGCAGCCAGCACUAAGUGCCCCAGUCAAUCCACCCCCAUAUACACAACCACAGAAACCACCGACUUACCAGUAGUGGAAUCCAAAGCAUUUGGCGGUCAUACCAGAGCUUUACUGCAGUCGCCAUUUGCAGCAAAUUCUCAUAAAUCAAGUACUAAUUACCUGGAAACUAAAGCUGCAUCUUUCAAAGAGGAUUUGUGUUGGACACAUGUGGAGGAUCGUAAAGACAUGGUUGUUUGUGCUUGCUUACAUGGUGCAUUGAAUACAAUAAAAGUGAUUUGUACAUUAGUUUGGAAAACAAAAUGCUCUAACAAGUCAAUGUCAUGCUAACUUUUAUUUAGUAAUAAACACCAUUUUCUAUUCUUCA